AUGAGGUUGCUCGUUGCAGUUCAAAUAAUUUCCAGUAUUUUCUGGCACCUGCUGCUAAUAAUAACUUUUGCGGCAUCAGUAUUCAGCCACGCCAGGGUAUGGUCACCCCCCGGGAGGGCUACCGCAUGGCGUUUGGGCUUCAAUACGACAGCUAAUUAUGACGACACAGGUCUUAACUGUGGUGGUUUUGAUCGACAGCAUACGAAGAAUAAAGGGAAGUGCGGAGUUUGUGGCGACGCUUACGAUAUAGCAACACCACGGCCACACGAGCUCGGCGGACUGUAUGGAGAUGGUGUUAUAGUCGCGAAUUACACGUCUGGCCAAAUAAUAGACAUCACUGUCGAAAUAACAGCAUUUCACAUGGGCUACUGGUAUUUUAAACUGUGCCCGAAACCUGAAGCUGAACUGAAACAAACAUGCUUCGACCAAUUUCCUCUAGAGUUGGAAAAUGGCGGGUUUUAUUACUUUCCAGAAUAUGGCGGUAAUUUUACGGUGAAAUAUCGACUCCCAGAGGACUUGGUGUGUGAACAUUGUGUUUUGCAAUGGAGAUACGUGGCGGGAAAUAAUUGGGGGCAUUGUGAUGAUGGUACAGACGGAAUGGGAUGCGGAAAACAGGAAACUUUCGGUUCGUGUUCCGAUAUAAGUAUUCACCCAAGUAACGACAAGGGAACGGGAAAGACAGGAAAAGAUUUGGAUAAUUCGAUGAAGGGUGUCGCGUGGAAACUCCUCGGAACCAAAUACCGGAUUUAUAAUAAUUAA